AUGUUCAAAAUCCAACUCGUCGUACUUGUUGCUGCCGUCUUUGUGGGCGCCGUGCAGUCUGCGCCGUCGGAUUCGGCCGAUGCGCACGCCGAGAUUCGCAGCUAUGUGAACGAACUGAAGCAGGAUGACAACAGCUACAAGUACCAGUUCGAGACGAGCAACGGCAUAGCACAGCAGGAGCAGGGUGUGGGUGGAUAUUAUGCCAGCGGCUCAUCGCAGUACUAUACACCGGAUGGCCAACUCAUCCAAUUGACGUAUACGGCUGAUGAGAACGGAUUCCAACCACAGGGCGAGCAUUUGCCUACACCCCAUCCCAUUCCAGAGGCCAUUAUCAAGUCAUUGGAAUGGAAUCGCGAGCAUCCAGAGGAGGAGAACGAGGGACAAUACAAUCAUGGCCAUGGCGGCAAUGGCUAUGGCGAGCAGGCCAAUCAAUUCCUGCAGGCGCCGGCAUCUGGUCUGCCAUACGAGAAGAAGAUUUAA